GCCGUGGUUAACUUUCCCAUGUUCCCCAUCUCACCCAAACUCUGCCCCUUCCCCUUCCCCUCCUCUCCUUUUUCCCUUGCUCCAUCUGCUUGUCGCCCUCGUCGAGCUGCCUCCGUUAUUAAUAGAUUAUUAUUAUCCUCUCGUCCUCCGGUCGGCCUAUUAUCAUUUAUCAUCCUAUUCAAUGACCACCAGCAAAUUAUAUUCCGACCGAGGAGGUGAUCUUCCGCGUCCACAUCCGUUCCCUGACCCUAUCUCCCCACCACCUCCUGCCCUGCUCCAUCGCGAUCCCACUUCUUCUCCUGCUUCUCUCACUUCUGCUCUCUCCUUCUCCGCCGUCUGCCAUCACUAUCACAAUCAUAACAACCACCAUCCCGUCUAUCCUGCCACCGCCGACGCUGACGCUGACGUUGAUCCCGACAACACCAUCACCACCAACACCAACACCUUCCAAGGCUCCAUCAUCGGGUCCAUCUCGCGAGCCAGCCGUCGUUCCUUGGCCUCCUUGGGACGCGACAAGAAAGCAAACGCCUUCACCAAUCUCUCCAGCUCUGCCUCCAUCCGUUCCACCCCGUCCAUUUCCAACCUGGCAACCCACGCCCACAAACCUUCCCAGUACAGCGUCGGUGACAUCGCCAGUGUGACGCCCCCUUCGUCCGACAGUAGUGCCACCAGCGAUCCUUUCUCCUCCACAGAGGACUACUAUCCUUCCUCGCGCCCUUCCACCCCCCCCGUCUCCGAAUACCAGCUCAACCUAGCCGAUCGCCGGCGUCAUCUCUCCAACCUCAGCCAGUCUGCGUCUCCGGGGCUGUCCUCUGUGUCGAAGCCGGGCCUUGUGUCUGGGAGAUUGCCCCGCAAGAUGCAUCAAACAUCCUCGAGAUUGCUGCGGAUGACCGAGGAUGAGCGUCCUUUUACCAAGGAUUUCAUGGACCUCUUCUCCACCUUGAUGGUCAGCUUGAAGUUGGAAUCGCAUCGUGUCCGUUUCACCAGAUAUGAUCACUCCUUCACCGCGGAGGAAGCCAUCAGCAACCUGGGCUCGCUCAGGUUCUCCCAAUCCAAUCGCAUGCCAGACCCCAAGGAUCCCUCGCGCAUCGUCACCACUACCACCACCACGACCUUCUCCAUGGCCAAGGAAAUGGCCCGUUCUGUCUGCCAACGCUUCGUCGAUGCCCGCUUCAUUGAACCCGUCGACGGCAAGCCGUUAGCUGUCUUCCCUCUCAAGGGCUCGUUGUUUCAGCUCACUCCCAAGGGUAUCAACAUCCUUCAGCGUUUCUGCCAGAGGAAUGGCAUCACCGCUCGACAUAUCAUAGAAGUCUUGGAUUCUCCUCGCAAUACCAUGCAGCUCGUCAAUCUGGAGCGUGACUCGGAGACGGAUAAGCUGUCGCACGACCGGGCCACCAUCGAGGUCAUUUUCCGUCGGUUUGCCGGCCAGGAUGGUCCCAAUGUUAAGAACAGCAUUUCCAGUUCCGAUUCGGAUUCCUUGAACGACUAUUCCAACGGUAUAGUCGGUGUCAAGGUAGCCAAGGACCGCAGGAUCCGCGACCGGGUCUUCCACAACACGUUCACAGGCAAGGCUGCCGUCGAUUGGUUGAUGGAUUGCUCCACCACCAUUGAGCGGCGCGAGACCUGCUUGAUCGCCGAGUUGUUCGUCAAGUAUGGCUUGAUCACGAUGCUUCAGGAAGACCGGCUGUACCAGCAACCCGAAACGUCUAUGACCGUCUUCCAGCCGACAAAGAAUGCUAUUUACGGGAUUACGGAGAGAGGCCAGCAGGUCUGUGGAUGGAUUGCCCGGGAGAAGGGUCGCGAUUUUCCGGGUACGUCUUUGGAUUCUCGGGGAAUCCCGCGAGACUCCAACAAUGCCCGCUUGAACCAUAUCCUCCAGGAUCCGGCCUUGCGACUGCUCUUCCGAGAGUUCUUGCGCUACUCGCUGUGUGAAGAGAACUUGGCAUUCUACAUUGAUGUGUCUGAGUUCACAUCCAACUACCACAAGGCCGAGAAGUUGGGUGCAUUCACCAGGAUUGAUGCUGUUCGUGAGACUUUGGCAGCCGCAUAUGGCCUCUACAAUGCUUUCCUCGCGCCCGGGUCACCGUGUGAGCUCAACAUCGAACAUGCCUUGCGUAACAGCUUAGCCAGUCGUAUGACGAAAGCUGUUGGUGAUGAUGAGUCGAUGCUUCGGAGUCUUCAGGAGGUGGUAGAGUUGUUUGAGAUGGCUCAGACUUCUGUAUUCAAGCUGAUGUCUAGUGACUCGGUGCCCAAGUUUUUGCGAGAUCCUAAAUAUGCCGUCGUCCUUCAGGAACAUAACGUGGAUAUUCUGGGUACUUCACGAUCAUAUUCUCCUACCUCCACGCGCCCUGAGCGCUCUAAGAGUCGUUCCAUCACGAAGGGUUAAUUGGGAUCGAGCAAAACUGUCUUUUCUGAAUACUUGCUACUGAGGCAGUGUUCUCAAAAACAUGGGCAUCUAGACGUUGUCCGUUACAGUCUCGGUGGCCAUUUCGUGCAUUUAACUCCGACGGCAUAAUCGUUUUGAAUGCAACGAGACUUCUGGCAUGGUUGCAAUACAAUAAAUGUCUCUCCGAUCGUCUUCAGCUGCGGUUGAGCUACACCCUCACCAAACGCGAAUCCACUCACGCGACUGAUCUGUCUCAGGUCUCCACGUUUCUUGUUGUUGCAUCCACUCUGGAUAUCUGAAACCUACCUACUACUUCUCACGUUUUGAGACGAGUACACCGUAUUUACGCCUUUGACUGAUAUGCUAAUUCCAUUGUCUUUCGAACCGAGUCAUGAGAUAUAUUUGUUGAAGGAAGUUACGAUCUAUGGAUCCUAUGACGGAUGGCCGAUUGGCCUUUUUUUAUUUAUUUAUUUAAUUUUCUGUUUCUCUUCUACUCGAUUUCUUUCUCUUGCAAUUUUUCUCUCUCAUGGCGGGCGGUGUAAGUUGAAGCUGUUUUGAAACAUGGGAGUCAGGGAGCAUUAGAGGCGUUCGUCUUCCCUGGUUGCAUGCGGGAUAGCGUUUUUGUUUAGAUCAUUUUUGGGGUUGAGCCUACAUUUCUAGAUGCAUAUGUGCUUGUCUUUUGAUUUCUUUACAGACAGCAUUUAUAAUACUGCGUUGUACGGAGUGGAUGUGGACAUGGACAUGGACACACCAUAUAGCAUUUUCAUUUUGGACACUGCAUGACAUGUUAGCCUUUGUUUCUGCUGAAGUAUUUAUUUAAUGAUGUUUAGCCUGAAUGCUAGCAUAUGUCGUUUCCACUAUCAAAGUUUUCUUUGGUGGCUUCAUCAUUCGCUUCUCCCACUAAAACUUGCAACAUCCACCUUCAGCAUUUAUAUACAUACCAGAUGUCAUCUCCCGAGUCUGGUUCAAAAAGUGCAAGAAAGACCUUUG